CACCAAAAUCACACCGCUCAGCACAACAGUUUCGUCUUCACCAAUAUCACCAAAAUCACAUUGCUCAGCAUAACAGUUUCGUCUUUCCUCUCCAAAAUCACCAAAAUCACAUUGCUCAGCACAAUAGUUUCGUCUUCCUCACCAAAAUUACCAAAUCACAUUGCUCAGCACAACAGUUUCGUCUUCUUCACUAAAAUCCCCAAAAUCACAUCGCUCAGCACAACAAUUUCCUCUUUCCUCACCAAAAUCACCAAAAUCAGAAAUCAGAAAUCAUGGCCGAAUCUGCAUCGACCAGGACGAAAGACGCCGCGGAUAUCUGCGCCACGCACAAGCGAGCAGACUGGAGCAAACGCGAAAUCACCACAGUUAUCGCCGCGCUUAAGCGAAACGACCCACGCAUUCAUCAGCCCAGCGCACACGAGGCCUGGUAUGUGAGCAAGGCCAGACUUGACGAGCUGGCUAGAACAGUGGAGAACUACAGCUCAUAUGUCGAAGCAAGUGCGGCAGCCGCGGAUACCACGUGGCCAUUGAUCGAGCACGUCGAAGCAGUCUAUGUACUGUGCAGAGGAAAUCUCUGCGACACAUACAAGGAGGCGCUGGACGAAGCAAAGCUCGGAGCAAUGAUCAACGGUGACAAUGCGCGUGCUUACGACAAAUGGUGGAUCGGAGCAGUCGCCAGAAAUGACCCCCACGCCGGCAAAGCAACCACAUUGCAAGCGAUCAAGGACAAGGGCAGCGAAGUUCAACCCAGCCCUGCGGGAUUCGCAAACACACCCAAGGGAGGAAAAAGCGCAUUUGGCUUCCCGGACUCUGAUGAGUUGGAUUCUGAUGAGUUCGAAGAUCAACCAAGCAAAAAGAGAACACGACUCACCAUCGACCGUGACAGCGUUACGGACAUUGGUGAUGAUAGCAGUAGCAACAGCGGCAUCGGCAAUGACAAGAAUAGCAGUGAGAUUAAAGCACUGCAGACAGCAGUCAACCAACUCAAGGCCACCAUCGCAGGGCAGCAAAGGAAGAUCGAUGCACAAACCAAGACGAUCAACAGUCUAGCCGUGCAGUGUAACCGCAACACGGCCUUUCAGAUCAAUCUCACACAUGACACAACAGACCCUGCGGACGCAACACACCUACGAAACAUGAUCCAGGGAUCGAUUGCAAGAGCAGCGGAAAACAGCCAAGGGGACAGUGAAAGCGCCAUGGCCAAACACAUGGCCAGCUACACGUUCCAGAAGGUUCGGGAUGGCAUCGCUACAUACGCAUACAAUGGAGAGACAUACAAAGCACCGAUUGAGGUCCGCGGCCUCAACGUGUUUAGUAGAGUCUACUAUGGACUACUAGAAUCCUACGAAAUGCACUUGGGAAGUAUCGACGGAUUGACCGGUGAGGAAACGGCCAAAAUAGGCCUUGAGCACGAGGACAGGGAGUGGGUGUUCACAAAGGCAGCCAUAAAGGCAGUGAUGGAAUUGGAGUCAAGCGAGUGAGAUCGAGGACCUUGGGUCAACAACCACUAAUCAUCGGGGCCAUGAUUUUUGUGUGAAGGGGCAUUGUUGGACUCUAGUUCUAGAUUUGGACUGUGAUCUAUUGAGGCAGAAGACGU